UCACAGGUUUCUAUAGGAAACUUACACUAACUGGCUCAUGGCUCUCCAAACAGCUUCUUUACUUCAAGCUGCUAUCUCCACCCAUAAAGAGAGGAAGUCUAAUGCUUCCCUCAAGGAGACAUCAUCUCUCUUUGGAGUCUCUGUAUCAGACCCUCUUAGAGUUGAAUUCGACUCUCUUGUCACAGGAAGCAAGCAAUUCAAGAGAAAAGUAUCAGUUGGACCCAUCCGAGCCCAAACGACAACAGCAACUCCAGCAUUCAACCAGUCUGCCCAAGAAGGGAAGAAAACUAUCAGAAAGGGCAAUGUUAUAAUCACUGGAGCAUCCUCUGGCUUAGGUCUAGCCACAGCAAAGGCUCUUGCUGAAACCAGGAAAUGGGACGUAAUCUUGGCCUGCAGGAACUUUCUCAAAGCUGAGAGGGCUGCUAAAUCAGUUGGCAUUGCUAAGGAAAACUACACUGUUAUGCAUCUUGACCUUGCUUCCCUUGACAGUGUCAGGCAAUUUGUAGAUAACUUCAAGCGUUCAGGAAAGCCACUUGAUGUGCUGGUUUGCAAUGCUGCCGUCUACUUGCCAACUGCAAAGGAGCCAACUUUCACUGCUGAAGGUUUUGAACUUAGCGUCGGCACUAACCAUCUUGGGCACUUCCUCCUUUCACGAUUGCUGCUAGAUGAUUUGAAGCAAUCAGACUACCCAUCAAAGCGUCUCAUUAUUGUUGGCUCGAUAACAGGCAACACAAACACCUUGGCAGGAAAUGUGCCACCAAAGGCUAACCUUGGUGAUCUGAGGGGACUUGCGGGAGGCUUGAACGGGUUGAACAGCUCACCCAUGAUAGAUGGGGGAGAGUUUGAUGGUGCCAAGGCCUACAAAGACAGCAAAGUUUGCAACAUGCUCACGAUGCAAGAGUUCCAUAGACGCUACCACGAGGAGACAGGAAUCACCUUUGCUUCCCUCUAUCCUGGUUGUAUAGCGGAAACAGGGCUGUUUAGGGAGCACAUUCCCUUAUUUAGGCUUCUCUUCCCACCCUUUCAGAAGUACAUCACUAGAGGAUAUGUCUCUGAAGAAGAAGCAGGAAAAAGACUUGCACAGGUAGUGAGCGAUCCAAGCCUAACAAAAUCAGGCGUGUACUGGAGCUGGAACCAGAGUUCCGCCUCAUUCGAAAACCAGCUUUCCAAAGAAGCCAGUGAUGCAAAGAAAGCCCAUAAACUGUGGGAAAUAAGUGAAAAGGUUGUUGGAUUGGCUUAAAUGAGGAAUAGAAGACAUCAACAGUAAGGUAUUGUACCCUAUAUGUUGAGUUACUAAUCCACAAAGAAGGACCUGAUGAUAUUGUUCUAGGUUUCUCCAGUAACCAUAGAAAGUUUAUCAAACCAUAUGAGAUCAAUGAAUUACUCAGCCCUUGCCAACCAUCUAAUCUUCCAAUUAAAGAGGCAAGUCUAUUGUAGUAAAAAGGUUAAGAUAUAAGUCGUAUGAUAUGACAUCGGAUCUAAACGUUUGGGCCAUCGUUUUACUUUUAUACUUAAGAGCUUUGUGUUUUAUUAUAUAGAUGUAAUCAAUAAUAAUAUAUUCCGGGAUACUUAGUUUCAGUCAUGUUGUUUAAGCUUAAAUCUUUUCGAUUCCAAACCUGAAACUGCCACCAAUGGGCAAUCACCAAUCUCGAACAUCUACUAAUAAAAUAAACUGAGUAAUACGGUCAUAAUUUAUUUGUUGGAGAUGUGUGG